AUGUUCCGUGCUGUUGUGUUGUUAGCUUCCCUGGCUCUGUGCCAUGGCCAUGCAGUGCCCGUAGUGGCUCACCACGCUGCAGUGGUGGCACCAGUAGUAGCGCCUGUAGUGGCUGGCUAUGCCGGUCAUGGUUACGGUGGACAUGGAUUUGGAGGAUACGGCUACGGUGGACUGGGAUACGGAGGCCUUGGUCAUGCUGGACUUGGUCACACUGGACUUGGUCACGCUGGACUUGGUCACGCUGGAUUUGGACACGCUGGUCUUGGACACGCUAGCCUUGGUUUUGGCGGUCUUGGUCACGGAGGACUUGGCCAUCACAUUCACAAGCGGUCUCCUCAUCUUGUCGCUCCUGUAGCUCAUGUAGGACACGUGGCUCAUGUUGCUCCCGUAGCUCAUGUAGCCCCCGUGGCUCACGUGGCACCCGUGGCGGUGUCUCAUCAGUCUCGACUGGACGUGCACUCUUCACCAGCUGUUGUUGCUACUUCAGUAGUGCAGCCCGUCGUAGCCCCCGUGGUGGCUGCUGCCCCGCUGCACUUCGGUGGUGGAUUCGGCGGUGGUCUAGGAGCUGGCCUCUAUGGACACGGACAUGGUUAUGGCCAUGGUUUCGGCCACGGCUAUGGCCACGGUUUUGGCCACUACUAG